GUCUCGGGCCUGCGGCUCGGCGGAGCGCGCGUGCGGUGCUGCUAGUGCUCGGUGUGGUCGGCGGACGCACCGGGACCGGGGUGGCCGGGCUCGGCGGGCGGCAUGGGGCGGCGGUAGCGGCGCGGAUGUGCGCGCGCUCGGAGGCGGUGGAGCUGGAGGUGCUGGGCGCGGAGGGCGAGCCGCGCCCGCCGCGCCCGCUGCGCCUCUCCCUGCUCGAGCUGUUGGGCAAGCUGGUGCGACGCGAGCCCGCGCCGCCGCACCGCCGCAACCGGCACAACCAUCGCUUCCGCACUUUCGUCUCCUGCGAGAAUGAACGGAGAAUCAAAGCUAACAAUAGGGAAUACAAUGCCCAGUUCCGUUACGCUAAUAACUACAUCAAAACAUCGAAGUAUUCGAUCAUAACGUUCCUGCCGCUGAAUUUGCUGGAGCAGUUUCAGCGGCUAGCCAACUUCUACUUCCUGUGCCUGCUGGUGCUGCAGCUGAUCCCCGCGAUCUCCUCGCUGACGCCCAUCACCACCGCCAUCCCGCUCAUCGGCGUGUUGGCGCUCACCGCCGUUAAGGACGCCUACGACGACUUCCAACGUCACCAAAACGACUCCCAAGUGAACCACCGGCGCGCGAAGACGCUCCGCAAUGGGAAGCUCGUGGAGGAGAAGUGGGCGUCGGUCCAGGUGGGGGACGUCAUCCGGCUCGAGAAUGACCAGUUCGUGGCCGCCGACAUCCUGCUGCUCAGCAGCUCGGAGCCCAAUGGGCUCUGCUACAUUGAGACUGCUGAGUUGGAUGGGGAGACGAAUUUAAAAUGUCGUCAGUGCCUUCUGGAGACGGCCGCGAUGGGCCAGGACGACGCACAACUGGGCGCCUUCGACGGCGAGAUCGUCUGCGAGACACCCAACAAUCUACUUAAUAAGUUUGAAGGCACGCUGACGUGGCGCGAGCGGGUGUUCUCGCUGGACAACGACAAGAUCCUGCUGCGCGGCUGCGUGCUGCGCAACACCUCGUGGUGCUACGGCGUGGUGGUGUUCGCCGGCAAGGACACCAAGCUCAUGCAGAACUCCGGCAAGACCAAGUUCAAGCGCACCAGCAUAGAUAGGCUACUUAAUUUUCUUAUUAUAGGGAUAGUGUUCUUCCUGCUGUCGAUGUGCGUGUUCUGCACGGUGGCGUGCGGCGUGUGGGAGUGGCUGGUGGGGCGGCACUUCCAGGCGUACCUGCCCUGGGACUCGCUGGUGCCCGCGGAGCCGGCCUCCGGCACCGUCGUCAUCGCGUUCCUCGUCUUCUUCUCUUACGCCAUCGUGAUGAACACUGUUGUGCCUAUAUCGCUAUACGUUUCCGUCGAAGUAAUAAGAUUCGCGCAGAGUUUCCUCAUCAACUGGGACGAGAAGAUGUAUUACGAAAAGACCGGGACGGCCGCCAAGGCGCGGACGACCACGCUUAACGAGGAACUCGGUCAAAUCCAAUACAUAUUCUCGGACAAAACGGGCACGUUGACGCAGAACAUAAUGACGUUCAACAAGUGCUCGAUCGCGGGCGUCUGCUACGGCGACGUAGUAGACGAGCACACGGGCGAGGCCAUCGAGCUCAACGAGAGCACGCGGCCGCUAGACUUCUCGUUCAACCCCGAGCACGAGCCGGAGUUCAAGUUCUUCGACGAGUCUUUGCUGCUGGCCGUGCAGCGCGGCGACCAGCACGUGCACGACUUCUUCCGGCUGCUGGCGCUGUGCCACACCGUCAUGCCGGACCAGAAGAACGGCCGGCUCGAGUAUCAGGCACAAUCGCCAGACGAAUCGGCGCUAGUGUCAGCCGCUAGGAAUUUCGGUUUCGUGUUCAGAGAACGCGCGCCUAAUAGUAUUACUAUAGAAGUUAUGGGUAAGACAGAGGUGUAUGAAUUGUUGUGUAUAUUAGAUUUUAAUAAUGUUAGGAAAAGAAUGUCCGUGAUAUUGAGGAAGGAUGGUGAAAUUAGGUUAUAUACAAAAGGUGCUGAUAACGUAAUAUAUGAAAGGUUAAAAGGAAACCAAGACGGAGUGAAGUCGAGAACGCAGGAGCAUUUAAAUAAAUUCGCGGGCGAGGGCCUACGGACAUUAGCGUUAGCAUGGCGGCCGCUAGACGAGCGGGGCUUCGCGGAGUGGAAGCGGCGGCACCACACGGCCGCUCUGGCCUUACACGACCGGGACGAGCAGCUCGACGCCAUCUACGAGGAGAUCGAGACCGACCUGUUACUGCUAGGUGUUACAGCAAUUGAAGACAAAUUACAAGACGGAGUACCUGAAACGAUAGCAAAUCUAAGUAUGGCGGGCAUCAAAAUAUGGGUGCUCACUGGAGACAAACAAGAAACGGCGAUAAACAUCGGUUACUCGUGCCAGUUACUCACAGACGACAUGGCGGAGGUGUUCGUGAUCGACGGCGUGGCGCACGACGACGUGGAGCGACAGCUCGCCAAGUGCCGCGACUCCAUACGCGUCGUCAACACCUUCCUGCCGCCCGGCACGAGCGGCGGCGGCACCCCGGGCGACGCCGGGCGCGCGGGCGCGCUGAACGGCGGCGCGUCGCCCGGGCGCGCCGCCGGCGUCAAGCUCAACGCGCCCGCCGUCUCCGUCGUCACAUUUAGCAACGAAUACGCGGCCGGCGGCGGCCCCGCGUCAGCAGACUCGCACGAGCACGGCAACGACGACACCAACGGGUUCGCCAUCGUCAUCAGGCACUCGCUGGUGCACUGUCUACACCCGAAGCUCGAGGAGAAGUUUCUGGAGGUGGUGCUGCACUGUCGCUCGGUGAUCUGCUGCCGCGUGACGCCGCUGCAGAAGGCCAUGGUUGUGGAGCUCAUCAAGAAGGCGCGACGAGCCGUCACGCUGGCUAUCGGCGACGGCGCCAACGAUGUCUCCAUGAUCAAAGCGGCGCACAUCGGCGUCGGCAUCUCUGGCCAGGAAGGCAUGCAAGCCGUGCUAGCGGCCGACUACUCCAUCGCGCAGUUCCGCUUCCUGCAGCGGUUACUACUAGUCCACGGCCGCUGGUCCUACUUCCGCAUGUGCAAGUUCCUGCGCUACUUCUUCUACAAGAACUUCGCCUUCACCGUGUGCCACUUCUGGUUCGCGUUCUUCUGCGGGUUCAGUGCGCAGACGGUGUUCGACGAGAUGUUCAUCUCCGUAUACAACCUGUUCUACACGUCGCUGCCGGUGCUGGCGCUGGGCGUGUUCGAGCAGGACGUGUCGGACGCGACGUCGCUGCAGUUCCCCAAGCUGUACGUGCCAGGGCACACGUCGCAGCUGUUCAACAAGACCGAGUUCAUCAAGUCCACGCUGCACGGCUGCUUCACCUCGCUCGUGCUGUUCCUCAUCCCCUACGGUACUUACAAGGAUGGAUUGGCGCCUGACGGCAAGAUCCUAUCCGACCAUAUGUUAUUAGGAAGCGUCGUAGCGACGAUACUGAUCAUCGACAACACGACACAGAUCGCCCUGGACACGACGUACUGGACGGUGUGCAACCACGUGACGAUCUGGGGCUCGCUGGUGUCCUACUUCGUGCUCGACUACUUCUACAACUACGCCAUCGGCGGGCCCUACGUCGGCUCGCUCACAGUGGCCCUCACGCAGGCCACGUUCUGGUUCACGGCUGUGCUUACUAUGAUAAUCCUGAUGGUGCCGGUGGUGUCGUGGCGGCUGGCGUGGUCGGUGACGCGGCCCACGCUGGCGGAGCGGCUGCGCGCGCGCCAGCGCUGGCGCGAGGCCGCGCCCGCGCCGCGCACGCCCUCCGCGCGCCGCGUGCGCCGCUCCAUGCGCUCCGGGUACGCGUUCGCGCACCAGGAGGGCUUCGGGCGCCUCAUCACGUCGGGCAAGAUCAUGCGGCGCAUCCCGCACGCGGACGCGGCGCUGCACGCGCUGGCGGCGCUGCCCGGCAAGUUCAGCGCGCGCCCCGCCACGCCGCCGCCGGAGCCGGCGAGUGCGUCGUCCGCUACACCCGCCACACCCGCCACGCCCGCUACACCCACCACGCCCGCCACGCCGCCCAGCCCGCGCGCGCCCAAGCAGGACCUGGACUCCGUGGACUUAUGAGCACCCGCACACCCCCGCGGGACUGUAGUUCGCUAGUGCGCGCGCCGAGGGCCCGGGCCCCGACCCGCGGUGUCGACUCCGCUUUGUACAUACGAGAGGGUCACGACCGGACCGUAAUUUUUUAAAUAGACGGCAUAAUGUCGUCGCGACUCAUAUUGUGAUAACGUUGCUAGAGUUAAAAUUCGUAUUAUAUUAUUACCUAUAUUAAAUUAUAUUUGUUGAUCGAGAGUAUAUAUUGAUAGAUAUUUAUUAUGGUACGUGCUAAGAUUACUCUUUUAUAUCGGAAAGCGUAGCGUUUCGUGAUAUUUGUUUCCGUGUUAGACGACCUAGUUCCGUUCCGCGGCCUCCCGAUCGUUUCUUUAGUUCCGGUUCCGGGGACCGCUCGCGUAUUAGAGCGACUUUAGCUGUAGCCUCACGAUACUUUCUAUAAUCUCGAUGACGAUUCCUCGAAUCGGCUUAUUAUUAUUUAUUUUUGAAUUUGUUAUUUCCUACUGAUUUCAUUGAACUUUGUUACAUGUUUUGUCUGUUGAUUUCACUUAAGAGCUUAAUGUUUUCAAAUGAUAUUUAAUUGUCGUCUAUGUGUCCGAAAACUUAGUAAAAUGUGCAUUUAAACCGAACUGUCCGAUUCCGCAAGCAGUGAAAACGCCACAUUCGUUUAAAAUUUAAGACGUCAAUUUGUUAUUGUUGUGCCAACAACAUCGUAGCCUAAGUAUAAUUAAUUAUUCGCAGUUUGAUCGAUAUUGAAAAAGUACCAAUCGAAGUAGGUAUUUAUAAGCUGUACAGUUGUAAAGCUGAACGUCCUAUAGUAGUAACCGAUCCGUGUAAAUUAUUAUCGACGCCGAAAUUGAAACUAUUGUUGCCGAAAUACGUGCGAGAGCGAGCCACAUGCCUUAAUAUCAUAUAAAAUUGGAUGUUGCAUUUUAACUGCAUGCGAAUUGAAACUGAAUUUGCUUUGGAAUCGAUUUUUUAAUAAAAAAAAUAUAAUUCUUA